AGGGCGCGGGGACCGCCGCGCCAGCCAGACGCGCCGGGGCGCACCGAGCCGCCGCGUCCCCCGCUGCCCGCCGCGCACUGCUCGCGCUGCCAGGGGAGUUUUUUACGCCUUUUUCUGCUAAUUUACUUUUUCUUUUUUUUUUUUUUUGCAUUUUCCUUUUUUUUUCCCCCCUCUUUUUUUUUUCUUUCUUGUUCCUCUCCUCGCUGCCUGCCGCCUCCUAUCCCCGUCCCCUGCUAUGGACUAUUCGCACAUGAUCGUCUCGCUGCUCUUCGUGGUGUGCCCGGGACUGCUGCCGGCAGCCCCCGGAGCCGCUGCCGCCGCCGCGCCGCCCCCCGCCGCCGCGCACCGCCGCGCCCGCCGCUGCUCCUGCUCCUCGCUGCUCGACGAGGAGUGCGUCUACUUCUGCCACCUCGACAUCAUCUGGAUCAACACCCCCGAGAAGACUGUUCCGUAUGGACUUGGAGGCCCUUCUCGAUCCAGAAGAUCACUGAAGGACAUGGUGCCUGAGAUACUCACUGAACCUAGCAGCAGAUGUCAAUGUGCCAACCAGAAAGACAAGAAAUGUCUGAGCUUCUGCCAGACAGGAAAAGAACUCUGGGCUCAGUCUACAAUGGAGAAAAGCAUGCAGCACCGGAACAAGGGUGGCAAUUGCCUUGGACCCAGAUGUGUGAAUCAACAGUUUGUUGGCAGCAGGAAAAUGAAGAGGCUGGAGGCCAUUGGUAACAGUAUCAAAGCUUCCUUCAGUAUUGCAAAGCUGAAGGCUGAGCUCCAGAAGGGGAGGAAGCUGAAACAUAACAGGGCGAAUAAAAGACGAAGCACCUGGGAAAGCCUAAAAACAUCCUAGUGGGAAGAUCAACCAAAUCAUUCAUCAUCACACUUUUUGACAAAGUGUCACCAAAACUCUGUUUUGAAUUUUAACAUUCUACGAUGGCAAAGCGCCUUUCUGUCCCAAGUGGUUGUGCAACAGAACACAACACGAAAGAAGUUCUGUAUUUGGAGGUGUAAAAGCAGUACAACUCUAGGAUUUCGUUCUUUUGGAAUCCAGACGGAUGGGUAGAGGGGGUGAAGGGAAAUGCUCAGUAGCAUAUGUUAAACGCCCUCUUUCUGAAGAAACAUUUGAAUAUUGUUUCUGGAAUGUUACCGAUCAAUUCAGCAGCUUUCAGUGUCGACCUCAAAAGCAUUUUGCAAGGAACACUUUACAGAUGUGCUUAGAAAGGAGAGAAGGCAAUAUUUGAAUGGACAGACUUCAAAACAAAGACUAUUCUUUUGAUGAAAAUGCAAAAUGAAAGCCACCAUGCUACUUUAAUCAGGACUUACUGCAUAUAUACAUGUCUACCUCGCAUACUGUUUGUUGCACUUCUGCUAGAGUAUUUUUACACCUUGUUAUUGCCUUUACUAAUCAGCUGCAACCCUUUGCCUUUUUUCAGCAGUCUAGUUUACUCUUACAACCAGAGUUAUCUGAAUGUGGGUUAGAUGCUGUGCCUGUGCUUGUUUGGAUAGUCAAAAGUUCUGAAUACUAAAGGACUGUUCAACAUAGAAUAAAAGUUAGAGAACACAACUACACUUCACAUAACAAAGAGAUUUGGCUAACUGAGGUUCCAAUAAUAGAGGUUGUUAUGUCUUGCACACCACCAGAAAUGCACUGAAGCAGAGCUGCAGCAGAUACUGUUGUGAGAUUUAUUCAGUGUCUUGUUUGGUGUAAAUCUGCAGAGACAAAGGGUUGUUUUAAUUUAUGUCAAAAGGCUAAUAUUGGGUGAAUGUUUAUAGCAGCGAAUUUGUUCACAUUGUUGAAUUUUCUGACAGGUUUAAUUGAAUUCAGUGUGCUUAAUUUGUAUGUGUUUUGUAUUUAUAUUACACAAAUUCUUCAUUAUAUUUACCAUGUUGAAUACACAUUGAAGUAGGCCAUAUUGGUCUAUGCAUGUUUUAUGUAUUUCUGUAUGAAAUUGGGAAAUGCUUUAUGCCUAUCAAGGUAAAUAUCUUCAGAAAUAAAUAUU